GGAGAAAAUAAGAAGAAAGGGGGAGGUCGUCAGUGGAAGGGAUUGCACAUUGUGAGAACCAUGUCCAUUUGGUGCUACUGUUAUUGGGUCUAAAAAGCAGUAUCUGCAGUACCAGGGCCCUUAGUUAACCAGACUGUGUGUUUUCUUCCACACCAUGAUGCUCUCUGUUGGUAGCAGCUGUUGAAGAGUGGCUUAAAGAGAGGACAAUCACGCAUAAAGGUGGGUGUAGCUAAUGUUUCUUUCAGAAUGUGAAAUUAAUAAAAGGGUAUAGAGAUAGAUCUACUAGAGAUUAUUCAAUUCUAAAUUGGUAUGGUUUCUUUUAUUUAACAUGUAGUUAUUACAUGUAACUGAGUACUAAUGCUGGAUUAUGUGAAACUGGGACGAGACAAACUUUGUUUGAAGAAAUACUUUCAUCAUUGUUCAUAUACGGUCAUAUAAAAAUCUGGAUUUUCUUGUCUCGCAGAGUACAUCAUAUGUUCUAUGAAGCCUUUAACAAUAUAAAUAUUGCGAUAGAAGCCGGGGGUUCUAAGCUAACAUAUGGAAUUGUUUUAAGAUGGUCAUACAAAGGAUCAUUUAGCUAUUUUAUUUUGAAUUUUAAGACCCUUUAAGGUAUCAAAAAAAAUAAACAAAAAAAAUAUUGGAUGAAACAUUUGGCAUUACUGCUAUUAACUAAUGGAAACACAGUGAAAAGCAUAUUCACUACAACAGAUAGUCCCCCAAAAAAUCUAAAGAAAAUUUGUUCUGAAGUGUUGUCCUAUAUCUGAGCGAUAUAAGAAAGAUCAGAUAACUAUUAUUAUUCAUGUUUUUACAUGUAUUUCUCCCCUUAUUUUAGGCACUGAACUAUCUCCAUAUAUACUUCAAUAUAUAUUUUUAACUGGUACCGGGGACCUUCAGAUGAGUCUUGUGAGGUUUGUGGGCAUCCUAGGGCAAAACGGAGAACACCAUGGUGUUUGUGAGAGUCUCAGCGUUCAAUAGAGUGAACAUAAUAGAGAGGUCAUAAUAGUUUGUAGGCCAAACCGUUCAGACGUUUUCGUAUGAAGACCGCAUUUUGGGAUGUCUCAUGGUCUGACAAACACCGCUCUAGGUCUGCCACCUUUCACCGUAGAUGCGGAAGGGUGAUAUCGGCGGAUUUGGUGGAUUGAGAUGCAGCCCUUGCAAACACAUAUCUCUAGUUUAAACAGACUGACUUUGAUGGGGAUUUGUAUAUUAUGUUAAUUAAUGUCCACAGGGGUGUGACCAUUGAAGGCCAAGGGUUAAACACCCAGAUGUCAUAGCUAUAGAAUGACCUCACUGUUGCCCAAUGCAUCUUAAGCUGUUAGUCCCAUUUGUCUCUACUGGUUAACACAUAUCAUUACAGUUGCCUGUAUAAGAUAGAUUAUCAAUUAGUAUAAUGUAUCUUAAUGAAGAAUGACAUUGUAAACUUUGGAGAUAUUAUUGUCUUAAUUAAGAACUCCUCUGAACAUGUUGAACUCUAUAGUGUACAUUGUCAUUCUUCAUUAAGAUGCAUUAUUCUAAUUGGUUAUGAAACUAACAAUAAAAAACAAUUUAUUCAUAGAAAUAUCAAAGUGUGAAUGUACAAAGGAUGUCUAAAAAAGGAUAACAAUUAACUUUUUUUUUCACUAGAAAAUCACCACGUUAGUGAUACAUUGUAGAUACUAAUGACUAACACAACAACACGCAAAUACAGUAAGACUUCUAAUAAGUAGUACAAGGUAGCGUGACAUUCUGCCAUUGUUUUUGUUCAGCUUGGGGUAUUCAUGUUCCUGAUUUAGGAGAGGUAGAUGACAUUGCUUUCUGAAGCAGAACAGUAAACAACAUGUCCCAACAUGGGCUCCCAAAUGACCAAUUAAAAUGCAUGUAGUUUUGGUGAAGUGAUCCAAUGAUGGUUUGGUUCUUCACAGGGAGAUCAACCAUUCUAUCUGUCUGCUGGAAAUCAAAGGGGUAUCAUUCAGCAGUGUUUUGUAUUAAAGUGACAUUUCAGGCUGGCUAUCUAUAGGCAUACAACUUUUUUGAAAGUUACUAGUUACACAAUUGUUUUACUGUUACUUUGUUCCGCUGAUUGUAUGCCAGGGAUGAAAGUACAGAGAGUAAAUAUUUUCCACAGCUUGCUCUGCACACACAAAAAAUAUACUCUGCGAUGGGCAUACCCUUACUGGAGUGUUAUAAUGUUAUUACAUGUCUUAUUACACUGUAGUUACUCUGUUAUAACAUCUUUGUCUACAUAGACUACCUUGUGUUACACUUAUGGGCCUUACGGCACGUUACACACAUGCUUAAUGCAGCCAGUUCUGAGAAAUGGCAGGUAAGUAGUUUAACAGUAUGUGAAGCGGGAUGUGGAGAAUGUUAAUAUCUCAAUGAGAUCACAUAUAGGAAAAUAAUGUGACGGUCUCACUGCAUCUAGUGCUUAACAUUGCGAGACCCCAGCUCAUUCUCACUCGUCGUGGAGUAGUGGAGAAGUGUACAUGUUCAUGCUUACUACAGAAAAAAAUGGCUGCCAACCGCAAGGUUCUACACUCACUGAUCCUAUACAUAAAAAAUACAUUCAAAUGGUGCAGCAAAUGGAAAAUAGAGCACUUUUUGGGGUUGCUCGGAUCAACACCCCAGCGUCAUUUGCACCACUAUCCACACCAUGUUUCAUUGUGCCAUCCACGCCAUGUUUCAUUGUGCUACUUGAUGCCGUUGAGCCAGAUCCCAUUUCAGUUUUAUUAUGAUGGAAAUAAGCUAUUGCAAAAGAAAAUGCUAAUGGACAUGCAUUUUCAGCAUACAAUAUGGAUUGGAAGGAAACCUGCAAUAUUCAUAUUAGUCUGUUGUCAUGGCAUUAGGUAUUUCUAGACAAACGACGCAGCACUUAUGAGUUAGGACAGACUUCAGUGAAAGACCUGCCUAUAGCACCAUAUCUUUAUGAGCCUUUGUAUAAAACCAUGGGUGCUGUUUUUCUGCCUAGUCUAUGCACCAUCUUCUAUUGCAUCUUGUUAGCCAACUAUCUCUAGAUCUGUUGGGCAGUGUGUCAGCCAGCACGGUGGUGUGUGACUUAUCUGGCAAUGAUAUUUAUUAGCGUAACUAGUUGGGAGAUGUUAAACACUGGGAGUUGCCUCAGUAGCGUCGGAGGCUGUUUUCUAGUUUUGGCCAUCAGCGUUCAGUUAGCCUGCUUGGCAGCCCUAUGAAGGCCCAUCAUUACCUUAUGAUUCACUGGCCACUAAUUGGAAUGUCACUCUACGAGGCUCGUGCUGAUAUGAAUAUGCUCAGUUAAGAUGCACUUACACACAAACAUAUACACUUUCACUCACAUUGUGCGACCAAAUAGAAUUUUGAAAAGAAAUUGGGCAUUGGUAAUAGAUUUCUACCAUCACAUUGUAAUGUAUGGAGCUUGACGAGAUUAAAUAUGACCAUUAGGCAGUCAGACUACUUCCAUGGUUACUACGACGACCACUACUUAUUCCACAAUGCACACAGUAUUAUUGUAUUAUUUAAUAUUAUUGCACACAGCAUUAUCUCUGGUGACGUUGAAGAUCUAUAUUUCUGAAUGUACAGAAACAUUCAAAAUGUUAAACUACUGCAAACAUUUCACUGAUAGAAUACUCUCAUUUUGAUGAUAUGUUGAUGAAACUACUAUUUCAUAUCUUGAAUUCAAGGUCCAAUGCAGCCUUUUAAAAAAUCUCAAUAUCAAAUCAUUUCUGGAUAACAAUUAAGUAUCUUACUGUGAUUAUUUUCAAUUAAAAUGGUUAAAAAUAAACAAAAAUAGCUUCUUAGCAAAGAGCAAUUUCCCAAGCUAGAAUUUUGCUAGGACUGUCUGGGAGUAGUCUGAGUGGGGAGGGAAAAACUGAAAACUAGCUGUUAUUGGCAGAGAGGUUUGGAACUAUUUUUCUUAUUGGUCUAUUAAUUAAUCAGGCAGGUCAUCCAUCAUAAAAGUCAGUAUUCUACGUCUAUCCAUGUCUAAGGACAUCGGGAGAAGACAUGGAAACCGGCCACUAGGGGCAACAGUGAGCUCUUUCCCCUUCAAAUAGGCUUUGGUUUUGCAAGGGUGUUGUGGAUGGGGAUGGCAGAUGGUUGUAAGCAUCUGAUUCCAAAGGUUGCAUGUUUGAAUCCAAUGAUAGAAAGUUGUUUUAGAUAUUUUAGUUUUGAGCCUAUAUCAACCCUUAACCCUUACCUUAACCAUUCGAAGUUAAUGCCUAACCUUAAGAAUUCUGAGUUAAUGCCUAAACCUUGGAACGAUACAGAGUAACCAAACACUUCGGACAUUUGGAACAACUUAGAAAUUUUACGUUUGAGAAAAAUGUAUGAAUAUCUAAUUCUGAGGUGAGACUGUGAGAGCUUUUUGUAAUUAAUUUACCGCCUGUUAAUUUCACCAGGCAGGCCAAAACUCCAUCCCACCAAAACAGGGUGACAUUUCAUGCAGGCUUUUCAAACAGCUCUUACACUAAAAGGGCAUCAUCAUCAUUUUACAAUUUCACAGUAUUAUUCCAACCUCCAUAGUGUGGAAAUAUAUAUAAAACACAGGAAAAUCACGUGUUUGACUGCACUGGGCCUUUAAGCCAUUCUCAUCCCAAAGUAAUUUGGAGAGUUUCUCUGAACAGGAGACACAAAAGGAAUUGUGUGGCAAUGUUUGCAUCAGGAGAGAACAGUCAGACAGCAACUAUUUGACUUAGUUAUACAUCUCUAUGAGACAAGAUUUAAAUUGGGAAUAGCAUGAAGACAAUCUGAGGGAAACGGUAGAUUAGAAAGACGCUAAAAUAGAAACAAGCCAUCUCUGUAAUGACAGAGACACCAACAAAGAUAUGAUUUCAUAUUGGUUUCUCUGUCAAUGGCAGAAGCGACCAGCAGAUAUAUUGCAUGGUUGUCAUUAUGGCACUGUCAAAAAGUUUAUAAAAAAAUUAAAAUAAAAGAUUUAUCAGCUCAAACAGAAAACCACUAAAAUGCACUAGAAUUAAAACCACUAAAAUGCACUAGAAUUAUCAGUUCAGUUUUUGUGUACAACACAACAUGUUUUACAUUUUAUUAAUAUAAGAUUAGUCAAAUAUGUUCUACAGUUCAUAUCUCUUUGUUUCCAUUGUUAAUAUUGACCAGGCCUGUAGCUGGGUUUCCACAUUCCCUAAACUCCCCCUUCCAGAACUAUUAUUAGACAUGUAGUCAUCCUGAAAUGUCCUAUACUUGACCGAAGCUCCACUUUUCCGAGGAAGACAUUUUAUGGUCUUGGACUUGGACAUCCAUUCUGAUUUGGGCUUUUCAGGCGCAUGUGUCUCUAUUGUCAAUGUCUGACCAAUUCUUGAUUAGUCAGCUGCAGAGAGCUGUCUCAUGCUGAAGGAAUGAUGUUUGGGUCCUACUGCUUGCCCAUGGAAUACAAUACAUGGCCUUGUUUCCUCAUAAAACAGAGGAGGCUUUUUAUCCUCAAAGGAGUUAAAGUCAAAACCCCAGCAUUAGAGCAUCCUUCCAAGCAGCAGAAACACAACAACUUAAUAUAUUUUUCUUGGAUAUCUCUGUUGAAGCUGCACUGUUUAAAUUGUAUUUUCAUGUACCUAAAUACAGUGUUUGACUAGGGGUUGAUAGAGGCCACGGCUGGUAUUUAGAUUUGUGUGAAAGCCUGGUAAAAAUACUCUUUCAUCUUGUCAGCUAGAUAAACAACAAUCAAAUAUGAAAGAUGACUUGCUUCUCCUCUUAUUAAAAAUUGAUUUCGGUUUUGUAUUGUUCAGAUGAGGAUUCCAUCUCUCAAUGUGGUCAAAUUGCUUUGACCAGAAUUAAUUCACCCAUCAUCUCCAUUUUGAUAAAUGUUACAAAAUCUUAUGAAUAUGUUGGAAUAUUCAUCUUCUGAAACAAGUCAUCCAUUCCAACCACCCUUGUCCCUUCCACAGCAGAAUGACUGUCUACAGCAACAGGCCAACGGCAGGGUGGCCAGCCACCUCUCUGAGGUCCUCGCCAUAUCACUGUGUCUCUCUGACGCUCAGAGGAACCUUUUUAAUGAAUGAGUGACAUCUGUAUCUCUGUGCGCUAACCACGGGGAGAGGCUGAUCAGAAAACGGAUCAACAGACUAACACAAUGCGGUAUCUUUGUCUGCUGGACUUAGUUAUUAUCUUGUCCUUGACAUCAUGCUGCAUGUUGAGUAAGGUGAGAGCUCCACACAGUCUGGAGCCCAACCACCAGCUGGGCCAGGGGUCUCCCACCACUGCCCUACACCAGAGACUCAGACGGGGCUGGAUCUGGAAACAGCUUUUUGUCCCAGAGGAGGACCCCACUCCAAGCGUGAUUGGCCAGGUACCAGUUAUGCCCUGAAUGAAAAUGUCCUACAUUAUAGCAGUCAAUGGCUUUUGACUAAAUUCUAGGUUGACAGGACUUGAAUAAAACCCAUUCUGAAAAAAAUAAUUGUGUUUCCUUUUCUCCUUUCCCUCAGCUAAAAUCAGACUACGACAGAGGGGAUUUCGCUAUCAAGUAUAUACUGUCGGGUGAAGGUGCUGGGGAGAUGUUUGAGAUCGAUGAAUAUUCAGGAGAGAUCCGUACAUUGCAGAAGCUGGACCGCGAAGAGAAGGCCUUCUACCUCCUGCAGGCUCAUGCCCUUGCUCGGAAGUCCAACGAACCCGUGGAGCCCCAGUCAGAGUUCAUCAUCAAGGUCCAAGACAUCAACGACAACAUCCCCCAGUUCCAGAACGAGCCCUAUGUCUCCAGCAUCCCUGAGAUGUGUCCCAUGGGUAAUGUUGCACAAACUACGGGUCCAUAUUAAGACAGCCACAGUCUAUGCAGAAGUUUGAAAUAACUCCUGCUGAGACGAAGACUCUCCUAGUAUGGGCAGUGACACAGUAAAUUACAUUUAAAUUAUGCAUAUGGAUGAUGAGAAAUCUUAGUUGAGGGAUCUUUUGAAUUUUACUGAGCACAUGAAGUUACGAUUUGAAGUCCCUCAAGUCACAUGGUAGAGGUGAUUACAUACAGGUUUGAAAUGUUACCUGAACCUGUACCUUGAAGAGCAUUUGAAAUGAAAACAUUUAAAUUACGCAUAUGGAUGUAUUUUACUGAGCACCUGGAGUUGUGAUUUGUGAGUUGAGGUCCCUCACAUGCUACAGGAGAUUUCAUACAGGUUUGAAAUGUACCUUGAAGAGCAUUUUAAAUAAAUAAAUUGUUUAAUCUCAUUUGAAAUGAUAAAAUAAUAUAAAGGCUAUAUACAGUGGGGGAAAAAGUAUUUAGUCAGCCACCAAUUGAACAAGUUCUCCCACUUAAAAAGAUGAGAGAGGCCUGUAAUUUUCAUCAUAGGUACACGUCAACUAUGACAGACAAAUUGAGAAAGAAAAAUCCAGAAAAUCACAUUGUAGGAUUUUUAAUGAAUUUAUUUGCAAAUUAUGGUGGAAAAUAAGUAUUUGGUCACCUACAAACAAGCAAGAUUUCUGGCUCUCACAGACCUGUAACUUCUUCUUUAAGAGGCUCCUCUGUCCUCCACUCGUUACCUGUAUGAAUGGCACCUGUUUGAACUUGUUAUCAGUAUAAAAGACACCUGUCCACAACCUCAAACAGUCACACUCCAAACUCCACUAUGGCCAAGACCAAAGAGCUGUCAAAGGACACCAGAAACAACAUUGUAGACCUGCACCAGGCUGGGAAGACUGAAUCUGCAAUAGGUAAGCAGCUUGGUUUGAAGAAAUCAACUGUGGAAGCAAUUAUUAGGAAAUGGAAGACAUACAAGACCACUGAUAAUGUCCCUCGAUCUGGGGCUCCACGCAAGAUCUCACCCCGUGGGGUCAAAAUGAUCACAAGAACGGUGAGCAAAAAUCCCAGAACCACACGGGGGGACCUAGUGAAUGACCUGCAGAGAGCUGGGACCAAAGUAACAAAGCCUACCAUCAGUAACACACUACGCCGCCAGGGACUCAAAUCCUGCAGUGCAAGACGUGUCCCCCUGCUUAAGCCAGUACAUGUCCAGGCCCGUCUGAAGUUUGCUAGAGUGCAUUUGGAUGAUCCAGAAGAGGAUUGGGAGAAUGUCAUAUGGUCAGAUGAAACCAAAAUAUAACUUUUUGGUAAAAACUCAACUCGUCGUGUUUGGAGGACAAAAAUGCUGAGUUGCAUCCAAAGAACACCAUACCUACUGUGAAGCAUGGGGGUGGAAACAUCAUGCUUUGGGGCUGUUUUUCUGCAAAGGGACCAGGACGACUGAUCCGUGUAAAGGAAAGAAUGAAUGGGGCCAUGUAUCGUGAGAUUUUGAGUGAAAACCUCCUUCCAUCAGCAAGGGCAUUGAAGAUGAAACGUGGCUGGGUCUUUCAGCAUGACAAUGAUCCCAAACACACCACCCGGGCAACGAAGGAGUGGCUUCGUAAGAAGCAUUUCAAGGUCCUGGAGUGGCCUAGCCAGUCUCCAGAUCUCAACCCCAUAGAAAAUCUUUGGAGGGAGUUGAAAGUCCGUGUUGCCCAGCGACAGCCCCAAAACAUCACUGCUCUAGAGGAGAUCUGCAUGGAGGAAUGGGCCAAAAUCCCAGCAGCAGUGUGUGAAAACCUUGUGAAGACUUACAGAAAACGUUUGACUUGUGUCAUUGCCAACAAAGGGUAUAUAACAAAGUAUUGAGAAACUUUUGUUAUUGACCAAAUACUUAUUUUCCACCAUAAUUUGCAAAUAAAUUCAUAAAAAAUCCUACAAUGUGAUUUUCUGGAUUUUUCUUUCUCAUUUUGUCUGUCAUAGUUGACGUGUACCUAUGAUGAAAAUUACAGGCCUCUCUCAUCUUUUUAAGUGGGAGAACUUGCACAAUUGGUGGCUGACUAAAUACUUUUUUCCCCCACUGUAUCUGUCCUCUGUUGCCCUUUCAGGAAGUUGAAAGUAUUGGUUUGUGUAUCAUACCUCUGAAUCCCUCAUAUUAUUUAUUUUAUGUAAAUCAUGUUAUCAUUACUAGUGUCAUUUCAUAGAGCAAGCAUAACCAUUUCAAUUUAUAUGUAAUCUGCCUUUGCAGAAUAAUAUCUUUCUUGUAAUAAAUCAUAAUGCAUUUGACUUGGAUAGAGAGAGAGAAAGAGAAGAAGCGAGAGAGAGAAUGAGAGGAAAAGAGAAAAGGUGGUCAUAGAGAAUGAAAGAUACAGAAAGUAAUACCCCGGCUAAGAGAUAGAAAAAAAGAGAGCGAGAGACAGAGAGAGAGAGAGUGGUCGCUAGAAGAAACAGAGAUAGACAUGUAGACUGAAAGAGAGGGACAGAGAAAGAUAGUGACAGAGUGGUGGAGAGAGAGAAACGAGAAGAGAGAACGAUAGGGAGCAAGAGAGCGAGAGAAAGAGAGAUGUCACGGCGGAGGGUGGAGAGGUUGUCACGCACACCUGCCCAGCCUCAGUGCCUAGUGAAAGGCCACAGUGAGCAUUGGGCACCCAGCCCCAUCCCAUCCCUCCCCUGCACACCGCCUCCCUCUGCACCCCUGAGCCAGACAGACAGACCCUGUAGGAAUGUGGCAUAAUCACUUUAUUUCCCCGUUGGCUGCUGGAGGGUGGCUGGAAGGCUGCAGCCUGAGCCAAGCCUGCCUGUGUGAUCCUCUCCCCCCUCCACAGGGACCACCGUGGCCCAGGUGACAGCUACAGAUGCUGAUGAUCCCCUGUUUGGAAACAAUGCCAAGCUCAUCUACUCCAUCCUACUUGGGGAGCCAUACUUCUCUGUGGAGCCCAAGACAGGUAUAGUUGAGAGAUACACUACAUGACCAAAGUAUGUGGUCACCCCUUCAAAUUAGUGGAUUUGGAUACUUAAGCCACACCCGUUGCUGACAGGUGUAUAAAAUUGAGCACACAGCUAUGCAAUCUCUUAGACAAACAUUGGCAGUAGAAUGGCCUGUACUGAAGAGCUCAGUGACUUUCAACGUGGCACCGUCAUAGUAUGCCACCUUUGCAACAAGUCAGUUCAUCAAAUUUCUGCCCUGGUAGAGCUGCCCGGUCAACUGUAAGUGCUGUUAUUGUGAAGUGAAAAUGUCUAGGAGCAACAACGGCUCAGCCGCAAAGUGGUAGGCCACACAAGCUCACAGAACGGGACCACCGAGUGCUGAAGUGCGUAGCACGUACAAAUCAUCUGUCCUCGGUUGCAACACUCACUACCGAGUUCCAAACUGCCUCUGGAAGCAACGUCAGCACAAUAACUGUUUGUCGGGAGCUUCAUGAAAUGGGUUUCCAUGGCCGAGCAGUCGCACACAAGCCUUAAUCACCAUGCGCAAUGCCAAGCGUCGGCUGGAGUGGUGUAAAGCUCACCGCCAUUGGACUCUGGAGCAGUGGAGACGCGUUCCCUGGAGUGAUGAAUCACGCUUCACCAUCCGGCAGUCCAACGGACAAAUCUGGGUUUGGCGGACGCCAGGAGAACACUACCUGCCCGAAUGUAUAGUGCCAACUGUAAAGUUUGAUGGAGGAGGAAUAAUGGUCUGGGGCUGUUUUUCAUGGUUCGGGCUAGGCCCCUUAGUUCCAGUGAAGGGAAAUCUUAAAUCUACAGCAUACAAUGACGUUGUAGAUGAUUCUGUGCUUCCAACUGUGUGGCAACAGUUUGGGGAAGGCCCUUCAGCAUGACAAUGCCCCCGUGCACAAAGCGAGAUCCAUACAGAAAUUGUUUGUCGAGAUCGGUGUGGAAGAACUUGACUGACCUGCACAGAGCCCGGACCUCAACGCCAUCGAAAACCUUUGGGAUGAUUUGGAACGCUGACUGCAAGCCAGGCCUAAUCGCCCGACCUCAUUAAUGCUCUUGUGGCUGAAUGGAAGCACGUCCCCGGAGCAAUUUUACAACAUCUUGUGGAAAGCCUUCCCAGAAGAGUGGAGGCUGUUAUAGCAGCAAAGGGGGGACAAACUCCAUAUUAAUGCCUAUGAUUUUGGAAUGAGAUGAUCGAGGAGCAGGUGUCCACAUACUUAUGGCCAUGUAGUGUAUACUGUAGAGACAUUCACAUGGGACCAUGAAUAUAUCAAAAUAUGUCAUGUUCAGUGUUCAAGAUCUUUAAAGAGCAAGUACUUGAUUUAAUUGAUUAUCAAACUAUUGAACAUAAGAUAGAUUUGUGUGAAUUCCCCCCUCUCUUUCUGGGUGGUAUCUCUCUCUUUACCCCCCCCCCCCCCCCCCCCCCCCCCCCCCCCCCCCCCUCUCUCGCUCUCACUCUCUCUCUGUCUCCACCUUCCUUCCUUCCUCUGUCUCUCUCUCUCUCUCCUCUCCCUCCCCCACCAUCAGGCAUCAUCAUGACCUCGAUGGCCAACAUGGACAGGGAGGCUAGGGACCAGUAUCUGGUGGUGGUGCAGGUGAAAGAUAUGCUGGGACUGAGCGGUGGUUACUCUGCCUCCACCACUGUCACCAUCAGCCUGACGGACGUCAAUGACAACGGACCCACCUUCCAGCACAGUGAGUCACAUCAAUCACUUCCACACAGUCAAUGUGCCACUUCAAAUCCUCUCGCACAUGCUGAUUCACAUCACAAAAGAGGAAGUGAGUAUGAGUAUUUUCAGCCUCUUUAGUUUGUAUGACACAGUUGUAUUCUGCUCUUACUCCUUGUUGUAGACUGCAGUUUAAACACACAAGCAUAUGUAUAUUCUGAGAGAGAGAUAGAGAGAGAGAGUGCGAGCGUGUGUGUGUGUAUGUUCGUGUGUAUGUUCGUGUGUGUGCCCGCGAGUGCGUGUGUGUGUGUGUGGCGCGACUGCGUGCGUGUGUGUCUGUUUGUGAGCCCGCUGGAUGAAUUUAAUCAUUCACACAUGAAAGGACAUUUGUCAUGACCUUUGGAAACAAACCUGGCUUCCUCUGAGAUAAACCUCUCUAAAUGAAUGCCAAGGGAAGAAAUCAAUUUCUCUCAAAUGGGAAAACAGGGACAGCACUUUUAACAAAGUACGUCAUUCUUAUGCUAUUUGAGAUGCAGUGUGCUUCCAAUAGUUACUUACAUGUUUAUGACUUAUAUAUCUCACACACUGACCAAUACACUGUUAUGUGUAAGAUGGUUUGGAACCUUUGACAUUUAUUAUCAGUGAGUAGUCGUUUGUUGUUUUUGUUUUGGGUAGUCUGUUGAGCGUCCACAACAUGUGGCAGUCAUCCAAAUAGACUCACUUAAAGACACAAUCACAUUUUCUCAUCAUCUUAUUAGAGUUGGGCCAGGAUUAUAUAGAUCCAUCACCUGUUAUGAUUUAUCUAUGCCUCACCACAAUUGGUUCCUAUGGACCUCUAAUGAUUUCUGUUGAUAUUUUUCCACACUACUGCAGACACCCUUGACUGGCUAUUCACAACUUAAUCGCCACACUUCUUCAGCCGCACAGGAAACUUGUCACGGCCGUCUUGAAAGGAAGCGGACCAAAGCGCAGCGUUUGUGGCGAACAUGACUUUAAUAGAUGACGCACAAAAUACAAAACAAAAGACGACUCAUGAAGUCCACGGUUAACUAACCGAAACGGAACAAAAACCCACAAUCCUCAUGAGAACACAAAUAGUUUAAAUAUGGCUCCCAAUCAGAGAUAACGAGCCGACAGCUGACACUCGUUACCUCCGAUUGGGAGUCACACGACACCACAAUAAACUCACCCAAAACACAACCAACCGAAUACACCCUAUACAACAAACCCCACAACAAAACCCAACAAAACAAAUACACCCUGGCUCAAAUACAAAAGUCCCGGAGCCAGAGUGUCACAGUACCCCCCCCUAAAGGUGCGCACUCCGGGCGCACCAGCAUACAGUCUAGGGGAGGGUCUGGGUGGGCGUCUGUCCACGGUGGCGGUUCUGGCCCUGGUCGUGGUCCCCACCCCACCUUAGUCACCACCCGCUUCCCUAGCCUCCUCCACAUGACCACCCUCCAACUUACCCCACCUGGACUUAGGGGCAGCACCGGGCUAAGGGACAGCACCUGGCUAAGGGGCAGCACCGGACUAAGAGGCAGCACCAGGAUAAGGGGCAGCACCGGGCUAAGGGACAGCAUCGGGCUAAGGGACAGCCCCGGACUCAAUGGCGGAUCCUGGCUGGCUGGCUCUGGCGGAUCCUGGCUGGACAGCUCUGGCGGAUCCUGGCUGGCUGACGGAUCUGGCUGCUCAUGGCUGGCUGACGGAUCUGGCUGCUCAUGGCUGGCUGACGGAUCUGGCUGCUCAUGGCUGGCUGACGGAUCUGGCUGCUCAUGGCUGGCUGACGGAUCUGGCUGCUCAUGGCUGGCUGACGGAUCUGGCUGCUCAUGGCUGGCUGACGGAUCUGGCUGCUCAUGGCUGGCUGACGGAUCUGGCUGCUCAUGGCUGGCGGAAGGCUCUGGCUGAUCCUGUCUGGCGGAAGGCUCUGGCUGAUCCUGUCUGGCGGAAGGCUCUGGCUGAUCCUGUCUGGCGGAAGGCUCUAGCGGCUCCGGUCUGGCGGACGGCUCUGAAGGCUCAUGGCAGACGGGCGGCUUAGCAGGCUCAGUACAGAUGGCCAGUUCAAGCGCCUUAGGGCAGACGGGCAGUUCAGACCCCGUUGGGCAGACGGCAGACUCUGGCCGUCUGAGGCGCACCGUAGGCCUGGUGCGUGGUGCCGGAACUGGAGGUACCGGGCUGAGGACACGCAUCUCAGGGCUAGUGCGGAGAGCAGCAACAGGACGCACAGGACUCGGGGGACACACAGGAGGCUUGGUGCGUGGUGUAGGCACUGGUGGGAAAAGGCUGGAGACACGCACCAUACAGCUAGUGCGUGGAGGAGACACAGGGCUCUGCAGACUUACAGGAAGCCUAGUGCGUGGUGUAGGCACUGGUGGUACUGGGCUGGAGCGGGGAGGUGGCGCCGGAAAUACCGGACCGUGCAGGCUUACUGGCCCCCUUGAGCACUGAGCCUGCCCAACCUUACCCGGGUUGAUGCUCCCCGUCGCCCGACCAGUACGGGGAGGUGGAAUAACCCGCACCGGCCUAUGUGGGCGAACCGGGAACACCAUGCGUAAGGCUGGUGCCAUGUACGCCGGCCCGAGAAGACGCACUGGUAGCCGGAUGCGUUGGGCCGGCUUCAUGACAUCUGGCUCAAUGCUCACUCUAACCCGGCCGAUACGUGGAGCUGAAAUGUACCGAACCGGGCUAUGCCUGCGUACAGGAGACACCAUGCGCUCUACUGCGUAACACGGUGUCUGCCCGUACUCUCGCUCUCCACGGUCAGUCCAGGGAGUAGGCGCAGGUCUCCUACCUGACUUCGCCACACUCCCUUUUAGCCCCUCCCCAAGAAAUUUUUGGGUAGUACCCACGGGCUUCCAGCCUCGACUCCGUGCUGCCUCCUCAUACCACCUCCUCUCGGCUUUAGCUGCCUCCAGCUCUUCACGAGGGCGGCGAUAUUCUCCCGGUUGUGCCCAAGGACCCCUUCCAUCCAGUAUCUCCUCCCAUGUCCAUGAAUCCUUGAUAGGCGUCCAUAAAUCCUGUUGCCGCUUGACACGCUGCUUGGUCCUUUUAUGGUGGGUUUUUCUGUCACGGCCGUCUUGAAAGGAAGCGGACCAAAGCGCAGCGUUUGUGGCGAACAUGACUUUAAUAGAUGACGCACAAAAUACAAAACAAAAGACGACUCAUGAAGUCCACGGUUAACUAACCGAAACGGAACAAAAACCCACAAUCCUCAUGAGAACACAAAUAGUUUAAAUAUGGCUCCCAAUCAGAGAUAACGAGCCGACAGCUGACACUCGUUACCUCCGAUUGGGAGUCACACGACACCACAAUAAACUCACCCAAAACACAACCAACCGAAUACACCCUAUACAACAAACCCCACAACAAAACCCAACAAAACAAACUAGAAACUUUGCAUACAAUAAGUAAAAGGACAGUCCUUAUUAAUUUCUUGCAGGCAUGUGAAAAUGUGAAAAGCUAUGUAAAAUGUAAUUUUACAUAUUAUAUGUUUUCACAAAAGUUCCUUAUCUGGUAGCAGAAUCAAUUGAACAGAUGUAACUAUUCAUCUAUUUCCUUGGACUUUCCUUGGGCUCUUGUUUCCCCAGACAUGUACACCUUUGCUGUUCUGGAGUCUGCUGCGGUGGGUACCACGGUGGGCAGGAUCAUGGCAGACGAUGGUGACGUGGGCAUCAACUCCAGGAUGAACUACAGUCUAGAGGACCUGGAGGAGAGCGCCACCUUCAAGAUCCAAACGGAUCCAGUCACACAGGAAGGGGUGGUCCUCCUGGCCAAGGUGAACACAGAUUAAACACUAUACUUUACUGUACUUUAGCCACCAAUGCAAAGUGUUACAUCCUUGUGAUGCUGUUCUAAUAUGGACACCGUACUUACAUCUUUUGACUUCUUUAUGCUUUGUGUUUUUCAUAUUGUCUAUGGUUAUAGAAUAUUAUUUUUAGGUUAGUUCUGUCUUUGAAUGGCCUUUUCCUCUAUUGCGCAAUUCAUUUACAGUAGACUUGUCUUUUGGCUCUUCUCGAUAUGCUGUUUAUUCAAUUCAAGACACAGGGGAACUGAAUGGAGCUGAAAUAAUUGUUAUAAAAAUCAUUGGCUCAUCAUUGACUGUCAAUCUAAAUACUGCAUCAGUUAAGUGCAAGACCACAGCUGGUGGCUCAUUGACUUCGAAUGAAGCAUUUUCCUCGUCCAAUCUGAUAGAAUUGGGGGGAAAGGGGACUUGAAAGGAGAGAGCAGUGUGCUGGUUCUCAGGUUUUGUGAAACUGUUAUGUCUUCAUAAUACAUUAUUUUGGCCAAUUAAUCUAAAGUGGCAUACUAUAUCACACUGCUGGAAAAUCGAUCAACAAAAGAGGUAUUUUAGAAGUUCUGUACCAAAAUGUGCUUUCAAGUAAGAGCUUAGCUACAAAGAGCUGUUAUUGAUUUUUUAACUUUUUUAGCCUCUGGACUAUGAGAGCAAGCGACGGUUCAUCAUGGCUGCGGAGGCUGUCAACGAUCACAUAGACACCCGCUUUCUGAGCUACAACGAGUUUCGGGACAGGACGACCCUAAAGAUCGUCGUCGAGGACGUGGAUGAGCCCCCUAUCUUCAUGGCGCCCGAUUAUGAGUGGAAGGUUCCGGAAAAUGCGGUGGCAGGGACUGUGGUUGGCACUGUUAGCGCCAGAGACACUGAUGCAAUCAACAACCCAAUCAGGUAAAGUGACCCUCCAUGACUGUCAAAUAGGAGAUAACCUGGACAGAUGUCCCGCCUCCUAACCCCAGCAAUAGGUUGCACUUAGCACUGCUGCAACAGGCUGUGCGUGAUGACAUAGUGCACAUAAAAAACACUUUUGCGCUAAAGUGUACCAAAUAAAAAACAGAUGUUUCCAUUGCAUUUUCCACUCUAUCAAUGGUUUUGUCACACAAACUAUUGCAAUUAAUGGCAAACUUGCCCAAUCUGGUUUUCACACUCUCUCUCUAGACAACUGUUCACUGAUAAACUUGACAGGUUAGGUUAUAUAAUGAGAUCACAGGAUGUUGGUGGCACCUUAAUUGGGGAGGACGGGGUCGUGGUAAUAGCUGGAGCGGAAUGAGUGAAAUGGUAUCAAAUAUGUUAUUAUGAGCCAUUAUUAUGAGCGUCCUCCCCUCAGCAUCAUCCACUGGAUGAGAUGGAUAAGAGCAAGAUCAUUCUUAUUUGUUAAUUGGUAGCUAAGCAACGAUCAUCAUACAAAUUAAGACCCUCAAUAUUUAUAGCAAAGGAACAUCAAACUCAUCACCGUGCACUUUCACCACCCAGUGAAGUUCGUUAUAACUUAGUUCAUUUGUAGCCUAAUAAACAGUACAUGCUGUCUCAAAUCGUAGUCCGAGGACCACACAACAUAGCAUCGCAUGACUGCAAAUGAACCUCGACAUGAUGGUUAUUAUAUCAACCAUUGCGAAAGAAAUCGUUACCUUUGUCACAAUUCAUUUUAUCGACACAAAAAGAUCCCACCAUGACGAACUAACAAAUUGUCUGUCAACAUUUCUGAAAUUAUACCGACACUUCCUGUUUUCAUUACAGCUGUCAUGAUUUUUUUUAUACGCUAUGACUGUGGUUGGAAACGUGCUUACUGACUUUUUUUAAUUUGACCCUUGAUUUCGGUGGAUAGCCCGUACGUGGUCAUAUUUACCUCAUAUUACUUUAGUAGGAAAUGAGGCCUGUUGAAUAAAUCAUGGCUAUUCUUCAUACCUCACAGGCUUUUCUAUCUAUUACUGUGGUAUUAUCACAAAGCGACUCGCAGAGGAAGCUAGAAAUGUAAUAAAGAGACGUAUGAGGUGGCAUGUGGAAUUCAGAUUUAGAGUCAUUUGCAAGUGGGGCACGUUGCUGCAGAGACAGCGCUGUUGCCUGUAGCCCAGCAGUGUUAAAGAGUGGCAGGUGCUGCAUAUCACUCACAGUAUACUGUAGCUUCUAUUGGAGGCCUUCACAGGAAGGCAAGUUGGAGAAAAAAAUACUAUCUGUCUUUGACCUUACUCAGAUGUUUUGAAAUUGUAUUUUAUUCAGAUACACAGCAUUGUGAGAAACAUUCACCUGACAAUAACAUUCUCAACAAUUCUUCAUACUGUUUUGUUGAAUUGCUGUUCUGUCAUACUGGGCUUUGUUCGAGCCCGUUGAAUAUGUGUCGGUGGAAACAGAAAACUGAACAGUUUCCUCAAAGGAUCUCUCGGUGGAAUCGCUGUGCUUUGUCUGCUCAGCUAUGAGAAACCAAUGUUUGCAUUGCUCGCUAACUGUGUGUCCUGGUGAUUUCUCUUCCAGAUAUUCCAUUGACAAAAGCAGUGAUAUCACAAAAGCUUUCAAAAUAGACCCAAACAAUGGGACCGUAACUGUUGCGAAACCUUUGGACCGUGAGGAAGCAGCCUGGCACAAUCUAACCUUAAACGCCAAGGAAACAAGUAAGGAGAAUUUCUCUCAUUCAUAUACAAUACAAUAAAGUAUAGAUAAUACAGAGAAAAGCACAUCUAUAUCCACUAUGAUGGCAAACAUGCACUAUGACUGGCAAUAGCUUACUGGUAUACUGAACCAUCUUCAUCUAACCUCAAGGGAAGCACAAUGUUCAACUCUCCUGAAAAGCUCUAAACUGUUUUUAUAGCUUUCAUUUUGUCCAAUAUCCUGUCUGCUUUGGGAUUGAGUGAUGAUUUGUGCCACUGUUGUAAUUCAAGGAGAUGUGACUAUUGCAGUAACAUUUAUCACGUUAAACUGCCUUUGUGACAGAGCUUUUCCAAAGCAUUUAUGAUACAUGUGUCCAACGGACUCCAACAAAUGUCUAUCUUGACAACUGCAGAGCAGAACCAUCUAUCCUCGUCUGUUGUGGUGUUCAUCAAAGUGCUGGACAUAAACGACAAUGCGCCAAUGCUUGCCGGAGACUACCAGCCAUAUAUCUGUGAGGGCACACAGUCAGGAGAGGUAGGAUGGACACUUCACUAUUUUCACUGAGAAUAAUGCAACAUUUGACUUCUGUACAGGUAUGUGGGCUAUAGGCUGAAUCACAAGGUUUGUAUCUCAGAGAGGACAAUGCUGAAUUGCAGGUUUUAUAUCACAAUCACAGGCUAUCUCAGUUAGUUUGUCAGUAACCUUGUAUUGACUGUCUUAAUUAAAUGUGGGGAUAUGCCCUAGGUAGGACUAUCAAUGCUAUUGUUAUUUUCCGAUGCUCAAUGAGAAUCACUGUCAGUCAGAACAAUGGUCUGACAGCUAUGUCUGUGUGUCUUGGAGCUCAUCCAACUGAUCAACGCCGUGGAUCUGGACGACCCUGUGGAGGGACACCAUUUCUACUUCUCCAUGGUCCCUGAGAAGCACAUUAACCCCAAUUUCACCAUCAGGGACAACCAAGGUUGAGUACAGAUAGAUCCUCUAACUGUUAUUCAAACUAUUUAUGAAUACAAUCUGACAUCACUUAAGCAUCUGUGUAGCUAUGCACUGAAAGAAAAGAUAGAAAAGCUUUGAUAUUUACGGUGUUCAUAUUAGGACAUCAUCACAUGUUCAAAGCAACUUUCAUAGACCUGUGAUGCUGUCUCAACAUGGACACCAUACAUACCUUAAAGCUUUAAAAUCAGGUUCGCUCCUCAAAUAGAUCCUUCCUAUCCACCACAGACAACAGUGCUAGCAUCCUGGCACGGCGGAGCUCGUUCAACCGUAGGGACCGUACCCAGUACCUGCUGCCCAUGGUGGUGGCGGACAGUGGCUCCCCAGCCCUCUCCAGUACCAGUACUCUGACCAUCAGCGUGUGCAGCUGUCAGCCCGCCGGCCACUGCCCCACAGGCGGGGUGGAGGCCCUGGCCCUCUCCAUGGGGGUCAGCCUCCAGACACUGCUGGGCUUCCUGGUCUGCCUGGCAACACUCACAGGUCAGUGACACUGUACCCUUGGAAUGGGCAUAUCUGGGAUUUUCUUUUUCAUGCGUUAUUGCAUUAAAAUGCCUUGGAUCCGAUAUUAUGGCUUCAUUUUGAAUGUGUUUACAUGGAAACAUAUCAUGAUUAAAAUAAACUGUUUCAGAUCUACAAGUUACAGACCGGUUGUGUUAGUGUGAGCUAGUGCAGUUCCACUUCAAAUCAACUGGGCAAGUAUGAAGUGUGUGGCUAUAUAGUUGGAUGUCACUGAAACUUAUCCCACUCUCAUUAAUAAUAGUAAUAUUUUACUCAAACUCACCAGUGUGCCCUUAACACAAAUGUAAAACUUUUAAGUGCUUAGCAAAGCUAAAUAAUGGUGUGCUUUUUCAGCUAGUAAUGUGCUUAUUUGUGGCAAUGCAUCAAUACCAAUGCCAUCAUGGGACAUUGAUGGGAUUGCAAUAGUAUAGAGCUUUAUAAUGACCUCUGUUGCUUUGGGUAAUCCUUAUGCCCAUCACAUUAAAUAUGAAUAGCUAUGCUUACUGGGCUAACAUCCCCUCACAUGAGUGCAAUACCCCAUGAAAACAAGACAAUAAGCACUCCAAUACUAGCCUCAAUAAGCAAUCCGCUACUAGCACUCCAGUGCUUGCUCGCGAGACUUCCGGAUGGUUGUACAAGGUUACUCCACUACUCCCUUAGGCUUAACAGCACACAAAAUAAUUGUUGGAUACUGUAUAAGGAUACAAUAUGAAUGAUGAUUUCAGAUCAAAUAUUAUUUUACAGUAUUAGCAGAAAUGAUGGUACAGAUGUAGGAUCUUAAUUUGAGUCAGUUUGCUACAGCAGGAGAAUAAUCCUGCAGCAACAGGAAAUGUGAAUUAUUAUGUGGAUUAUAAUUACAGGUAGACUCAGCGAAAUGAAGUUGCCAUGAGCAGCACCACAGAUAUUGAGAUGAGCGAGAUGCAAUACUUUGUUCUCACACAGUCACACACAGUAUCUGUGCAUGUGCACGGGUUCACUUUAUGCUUUUCAAAGCGUGGUAGCCAUGGCACUGAAACAGCGGAGAAGUUGAGCUACUAUGCUGUUAACUUUCUGCAUCUACGUCAUAUCACUACCUUUAAUGGACAUUUUUGUAGGGGUUGGUAAAUUUUCAUUAGGGAAAUCAAGUCUGACAUUUUCAAGUGGAAACUUCAAACUUUAGAAGCUUUUUUAAAACUCAAAUACACUACAAGUUUGCAUUUCCUGCUUUUCAGGAAAAUUCUCAGAAAUAAAAUAAUUAAGAUAUGCAUCUAAUUUUCCCACUUGUUUCUUCUCAAUGUUUCCCCUUAAAGAUUUUCACAUUAACCCAAAUAAUAGUAACAUCUAAGCCCACCCUAUUAUUUGCAGUGCACAUGUCAUUAAAGAGUGUGCAUACUCAAUCCAGACCUGAAAUGCUUGUUUCUCAGUUUGCCAGCCUGUGUGUUUAAAACAUAAUGAUCUCCUGUUGGUUUGUGUCUCCAGUGCUGUCCAUUGUAAUGCUGAUGCUGAGGAGACACAGAAGGAAACAGCAGGAGGGACUGGGGAGAGCGGAGAAGGUGCUGGAGCUGCCUAAGAGGGUCUCAGAGAAGGUGCUGCACUACGGAGAACUAGGAGGCGGAGGAGGGGGUGACGUGGGGGGAUUCUGUCAGCCUGCUGUCCCCCUCCGUCCCCACCCCCGCAGGAGGGACAGGAGGCUCCGCAGAGAGGAGGUGGCGGCCAGUAUCAGAAUGUCCAUGUCCCUCCGCCACUCCCUCCUCAUCGGCCCAGAGGACGAUGUCUUUAAACAGUUCAUCAUGGACAGGCUGGAUGAAGCGGAUCAGGACCCCUACGUGCCGCCAUUUGACUGCCUGAAGACCUACGCCUUCGAGGGCACAGGGUCAGCCACAGGGUCCCUUAGCUCCCUGGAGUCAUGGGACUUUGUGGACUCUGACCAAUGUCCACGGGAUCCCGGAUCACGCCUUGUCAGACUGACUCUCUGGCACGGGGGAGCGGAAGAGGAGACAACCUUCUGAACUGCUAACAUAAUAACAUACAUAAUAGUACUGCACAUCCAUGAACUCAAUUUGGACAUCCUGAUGGAAGAGACAAAUAAGUAUGUUUUCUUCCGCUGUAUGGUUGAAAACAGUGGAGCUAGCUGUAAUAAUUAUUAUCAGUGUUAUGACAGUUAUACUUUUUUGUUGAACAGGCAGUUUCUUAAUUAUUUUUUAACAGUAUUUAAAGCAACAUAACUUUCUAUACAUGACCUCAUUCUGCAUUGGUUCAAAAGAUGGGUAACACAUUCUAGUAUUUCAACCUUCAUGACAGUGUCAUAAGCACAUCAUACGUUUCUUGACACAUGCCAGAACUUUACAUUCUUGGCAGAUGAAUUAGAUAGGACCUGUAGCUACACAGAAAAUUCAAGUGUUAGAAAACCUAAAUGAACACUGAGAGUGUUACAUC